GACCCGGACUUCCUGUGACCCGGGCCUCAGUGGUUCCGGGUGAGGCGGCGACGUGUCGCUGGAGCGGAGCGGCGACGGAUCCACGCCAAAUGCCAUUUGGACAGCAGUAAAGUUGCUGCUUGACAGUGCCAGAGACCCGGGUUCGAACCUGACUACAGGUGGCGUCUGUACGGAGUAUAUACGUUCUCCACAUGACCGUGUGGGUGUUCCUCGGGUGCUCCGGUUUCCUCCCACCAAAGACAUUCAGACUCUAGUUGUGUGAUGGUGAUCUACAAGAAUAACCCCAGCAACAGCCCAUGGUCUGACAUCCAUCCUUUCAGUGCAUUGAACAGCUGAGUCAAAGACUACACACCAGGGACUUCUAAACUGGGGACAGUCCUGCAGUUGCCAAAAUGACUUCAGGCAGUGCUGUCCCUCCUGGCAAUGGCCCCUUCACAGCAUUGACUCCUAGCAUGUGGCCGCAGGACAUAGUGACCAAGGAGGAAUCUGUACCACACCCAGAGUUCCAGUACGACGAGUUUGGAUUUCGCAUCGACAAGGAAGAUGGAGGUGAAACAAAUCACAGGAGGGUCCUCGGGAUCACGGAAGACCCGCAGCAGAGACUGCGAUGGCAGGCGCACCUCGAGUUCACGCACAAUCACGACGUUGGCGAUUUGACCUGGGAUAAAAUCGACGUGGUGUUGCCGCGCUCCCAGAAACUGCGAUCCUUGGUGCUCGCCGGAAUCCCACACACCUUGCGGCCCCAGAUGUGGAUGCGGUUGUCAGGAGCUCUACAGAAGAAACGAAAUACUGAAACCUCGUACCGUGACAUCGUCAAAAACAGCUCCAAUGAUGGAGGCCUUGCAGCGAAACAGAUCGAGAAAGACCUGCUCCGCACCAUGCCAAGUAACACCUGCUUCUCCAAUAUGGAUAGCAUCGGCGUGCCAAGAUUACGGAGAAUCCUGCGUGGGCUGGCGUGGCUCUACCCAGAGAUUGGAUACUGCCAGGGAACUGGAAUGGUGGCAGCUUGUUUGCUGCUGUUUCUCGAGGAGGAGGAUGCUUUCUGGAUGAUGUGUGCCAUCAUUGAGGACCUGGUUCCUGCUUCGUACUUCAGCACCACACUACUGGGCGUGCAGACUGACCAACGUGUUCUCCGCCAUCUGAUCGUACAGUACCUCCCCCGACUCGACAAACUCCUCCAGGAACACGACAUCGAACUGUCCUUGAUCACCCUGCACUGGUUCCUGACAGCGUUUGCCAGCGUGAUACAUAUCAACAUCCUCCUCCGAGUAUGGGACUUGUUCUUCUGCGAGGGUUCUGUGCUGCUCUUCCAGAUCACCCUGGGAAUGCUGAAGCUGAAGGAGGAGGAGCUCAUCCAGUCGGAAAACUCGGCGUCGAUCUUCAACACGUUGUCAGACAUUCCAUCACAGAUUGAAGAUGCCGACUCGCUGAUCAAGGAGUCGAUGACGAUAGCUGGCUCGUUGGCCGACACGAUGAUUGAAGCGCAGAGGAGCAAGCAUCUAGCUUACUUGAUAGCGGAACAAGGCCAGCUAAACUCCCAGUCUCCACUGCCCAGCUUCUCAAAGAUUGUUCGACGACAGUCCCAUCGCAGGAAGUCUGGCCUGGGAGCCCUACUUUUUGGGGACAAUGACGAUGCUGAGGCCCUGAAGGCAAAGAACAUCAAGCAGACGGAGCUGGUGGCCGAGCUGCGAGAAGCCAUCCUGCAGGUUGCCCGUCACUUCCAGUGCCUCGACCCCAGAAACUGUAGCAUCGAACUGACGCCAGAUUACUCCAUGGAGAGCCAUCAGAAGGACCAUGAGAACUAUGUCGCAGUGUCGCGGAACGGCAGACGCCGGGCCAAAGCGCUCCUGGACUUCGAGCGCCACGAUGACGAUGAGCUGGGGUUCCGAAAGAACGACAUCAUCACGAUCAUCUCUCAGAAGGAUGAGCAUUGCUGGGUGGGGGAGCUGAAUGGUCUACGAGGCUGGUUUCCUGCAAAGUUUGUGGAGAUCCUGGAUGAACGGAGUAAAGAGUACUCGAUGGCUGGAGAUGAUUCGGUAUCGGAAGCCAUAACAGACUUGGUGCGGGGCUCGCUCUGUCCGGCUCUCAAGGCGAUAUUUGAGCAGGGUCUGAAGAAACCAUCCAUCCUUGGUGGGCCCUGUCAUCCCUGGCUGUUCAUCGAAGAGGCUGCCGGGAAGGAGGUGGAGAGAGACUUUGACUCGGUGUAUUCCCGGCUGGUGCUGUGUAAGACAUACAGGUUGGAUGAAGAUGGAAAGGUGCUGACCCCUGAGGAACUUCUGUACAGAGCUGUCCAGUCGGUGAACAUGAGUCACGACUCUGCACACGCCCAGAUGGAUGUGAAGUUCCGAUCGCUGAUCUGUGUGGGACUGAAUGAGCAGGUGCUGCCCCUCUGGCUGGAGGUCCUCUGUUCCAGCAUGCAGACUGUCGAAAAGUGGUACCAGCCCUGGUCUUUCCUACGCAGUCCAGGCUGGGUCCAGAUCAAAUGUGAACUGAGGGUGCUGUCCAGGUUCGCAUUCAGUCUCUCACAGGACUGGGAGCUGCCCGUCAAGAAGGAGGAGAAGGAGAAGAAGCCGCUGAAAGAUGGCGUCCAGGACAUGUUGGUGAAGCACCAUCUCUUCAGCUGGGACAUCGAUGGUUAACCUGACCGCACGCCUCCCAAUACAUCACUCCCACACCAUGCCUACACUAGGGAGGGCCACUGCCAGUGUGUGUGUGUGUACAGGGCAAACCCCCAGCCUCGUACACACACACACACACGCACACGCACACAUCUCAAGGGGAAGCAGACAGUGGCCUGAGCAAGGAACAUCGCAUCAUUGUGAUCCUUACAACACUAACUCUUGGGAACUAAUGUUCUAUUCUUCACCUUGCUGUCUGCAAAAUAGGUUUGGUUGCACGCCAACCUUACCUGAUUCUCAUUGGUGGCAAAUGGUUACUGAGUCGAUAGACCUGCACUGUAAUCCUUCCCCGUUGCCACUGGCAACGUCCGAUCCGAGCCCGGACCCCUGCUAACGUCAAGAGACUGACUCAAACUGCGGAUGCUGGUUUUACGUCGAAGAUACACGCAAAACGCUGGAGUAACUCAGCGGGUCGGGUGACGUGUCGGGUCUAAAGAAGGAUCCUGAUCCGAGAUGGCACCUAUCCAUGUUCUCCAGAGAUGCUGCCUGACCCACUGAGUUACCCCAGCACUCUGUGUCUUUUAUCACUCCCUUACUCUGUUUAGUUCCAACUAAUAGUAGCCUUCCAGAGCACCCGAGAUGCGAUCAGUGGUGUGAGCAUGUUUGGGCACAAGGGUAGUUUUAACAAUGGGGCUGACGAGAGACACAGUUUUAAGCCAAAAUAUGGCACAAAAGUGCUGGAGUAUCUCAGCGGGUCAGGCAGCAUCUGUGGAGAACAUGGAUAGGUGACGUUUCACAGAGUGCUGGAGUAACUCAGCAGGUCAGGCAGCAUCUGUGGAGAACAUGGAUAGGUGACGUUUCACAGAGUGCUGGAGU